ACUCUAGAAAAAUUUCUCAACAUUACUACAAAUGACACUUAUUAUCUUCUUGAAAAGAUUCGCUAUGAAUUUCAAUAUUUUGAUACAGAUGAUACGAAUCUUGAAGUUGGUUAUCGUUAUCAAAAAAAGUAUUUCAUUUCAAAUUUAAAAUCUCGUCCAGAAACUUUAAUACACUUAGUUUCCACAUUUGGUCUCGAAAGGCUUGUUUUAGAACAACGACAAAAUAUUGAUUUAUAUUAUGGAUUGCAUGCUAACUUUAAAUUUGGACAUAUGGCAUUGAAAGAAUGUGUUAAAAAAAUAGUUGAAGAAUUAGGUAGACGAAAAAGCUUUAUCGGCAUUCAUAUAAGGGUUGGUGAUGGAGAUUUUAAAUCUAUACAAUUUAAAGAACAACUUAUUGAUUCGGUGUUAAACAGAUUAGUUAGUGAAACGAAAGAAUGGUUAGAUAACCCUUAUGCUGAUUCGAAGGAAUAUCCAAAUGUUAUGAAGGAUAAUUAUUAUCUACAAAACAAUUCAAAGACUUUGUUAAAUUCAAAAUGUUUAGAAAGCAAGAAAUCACCCGUAAUCUAUAUAGCAUCAGAUAGCAAAAACCCUAAACAAAAUUUUAAAAAGAUUUAUUCUAAUUUUAAUCCUUGCGUUUUUACAUUGUCAGACUUUAAAAAAUAUUUAGAGCCUUUGCGUGAUUUGUAUAAUGAUUUUGAUAACCAUAGUUUAUAUAGUCUUUUCAUACCCUUUGUGGAUAUGUUGGUUGUUUCUAAUGGUGGAAUAUUUAUUGGAACCGUAAAUAGUACUUUUUCAAGGGUUGCUCGAGAUAUUCAUGAUUUUCAACAAUUUUAA